AUGCGGCAUCUGGCGAGCUCCCUGCCGCCGGGGAUGAUAAACCUCUUCUCAUCUCCUCCUCCCAACCCGCGAAUCAACGAGCCCCUCCGCCACAAUGUGCCGCCGCCCCCACCGCCGCUUCCGCGGAGAAGACCCGGGAGGUCCCCGGAAGCUCCUCCUCCCAGUGACCGCCCUACGGCGGCGUCCCCCGCUCUGAGGGCCGCCCACAGCAGGACCAAGUACUAUAAGCCCGUUCCCCUGGCCGGAGGCAUCAUCGCCGCCGACGACCACGACAGGAAGGUCGUCGUCGGUGAAUCGGGUGUCUCCUACCUCGUCCCCGGUGCCCCAUUCGAAUUCCAGUUCAGCUACUCGGAGACGCCGAAGGCGAAGCCCCUGGCGAUCAGGGAGCCGGCUUUCCUCCCAUUCGAUGCCCCCUCGAUGCCGCGGCCAUGGACCGGCAAGGCGCCGCUCAAGUCGAAGAGGGAGAAGGAGCUGAAGAAGCAGAGGAGAGUCCGGCUGCUGGAUCCGCUUGGUGGCUCCGAGCAGGGCGACGAGACUGCUGAGACCGGCACCGGGAAGGUGCUGAAGAUGGCGAGGCCGGUCUCUGGCCUGGUUCAACGCCCCACAGACGGGAGGAGCAGGGAGGAGAUCCUAGGAAAGCCUCUGACCAGAAUCGAGGUCAAGGCCUUGGUGAAACCUCAUUUGUCAGACAAUCGCCAGGUGAACCUCGGUAAGAACGCUGCCCUCUGGCUUUUUGUCCUCUCUACUUCCUUUUGAAGAUGAAGAUGCCAUGAUAUACAGAGCAUUACCUCAAAGAGAAGGACCAAUCCCCCAGGCUAUGCCUAUUUGAUACAAGAGAGUGGGCAUCCAUCCACAAAGUCUGGUGGUUACUGUGAAUGAUUUCAGACUUCCCCAUUAGACAUUGUCCCAGUUCUAUACCGCCUCCGACCUAAAAGUAUGUAUAAAAUUUUUGCCGAGUGGAAGGUAGAUCCAAUGGACUGAUCUCUUAGCAACCUGUACUAUUCACGAAGGUGUAUCGAAAAUGCUUAAAGAAAAACCACAUGACCGCUGGAUGAUGAUGAACAAUCAAGGUAUUUGAUCUUGCAUUUCCUUUAUAUGGUAAAAAAGGAUCAUUGUAUCUCUCAAUGUAGAGCCCUGCGCGGUUAGUUUUAUCUUUCUUUGAGAAAUUGUAAGAUGCCUGGGUUUCUAUACAAGUUUUGAAAAAAAUUGAACCUGGCUAGCGACAGAGUCUAUUCUCGUCGUCAUUUUCUUUGGUCAAUAAAGAUCAUACUUGCAAAGAGCAUAGAAUGGGCAUGAAUCUGUGGUGUUUUUACUCAUUAUUCAUUGCUCAAUGUUAGUCUCCUCAUAACUAUUUGCUCAACACUCAGGUAGGGAUGGUCUUACUCAUAACAUGUUGGAAUUGAUCCACACACAUUGGAGGCGCCAAAAAAUUUGCAAAGUUCGAUGCAGAGGUGUUCCAACUGUGGACAUGAACAACGUUUGUCGUCACCUUGAGGUUCUUAUCUUCAACAUGUGUGAUAUCUUGAUGAUUUCUUCUCUGGAAAUUAGUUGCAAUGAAAAUAUAAAAGGAAUCCGCUCUCUUACUUGCUCUGCUCUCCUCCUCAAUGUCUCAUAGAUUCUCGUUUUCCCUUGAUUAAAAGAAUAAUAAUUCAUAUUUAAAAGUUUUGAACCACUUCAUGGAAAGCAAAGAAGAGACUGCCUAGAUCAGACCACUGAAUCCAAAUAGUAGUCUGGGCUCUGAGAGUAUUCCUCUCCUCAUGAAGGGGGUCUAACAUGGAGGAAAUAAAUUGGCUAUUUAAUGAUGAAAAUGGCGAGGCUGUCCAAUUUAGAUUGAGGGUACUGCCCUGACUCAUAAUUAUAUAAAGAGGGGCUUCGAAGUUUGUGGAAUGAAAUUAUAUGCUUAUGAUUUCUUCUCCUCUAUGGGAGGGAACUUUUAACUUCAUUUUUAUGUAAAAACUGCCAGACUAAUGAAUGUUUUGUUACCUCAGCCUCAAUGAUGUAAUUUUUAAUAUUCGUAUUUUAUUUUAUUAGUUGUAUAUGGUUGUGUGCUCUUAAACCCAAUGUGAUGGAAAAGGGUUCAUGAGUCCUUUGUUAUUCAUGGGAUGGGUUGUAGUUUUCUGCAUUUAUAUGGAAAAAUUAUCAAUUUACGGAUACCAUAUUACUUUGAUUUCCUUCAUUGCAUUAUUUAUUGCAUGUGGUACUCUUUUUACAUAUAUUGUGCAGUAGAUCAUUGUAAAUCUUGCAGAAAAUUAUGUAUCGUAAGUUGAGUGGACGGCUGUGGUAGGUAGGGAGCUCAUUUGAUUGGGGACCAGAAAUACAUAAAGAGAUAUAGAUGGGGGCUUAGUCCGGCUGAUGUAAUGUAGUGGCAAAAGAGAUGGGAGUUGGAAGAUUAGAUUCAGCUAAGGACAACGACCCAUUAUUUAUUUACUAUUAUGGAGAGGAUUUUUACUUGGUUUUAGAGCAUAGAGCAUGGAAAACAUUUAUUGGAGCUUUUUUUUUUAUACAUAAACGGUCUUGCCUUCUCCCUAGGGACAUUUUUACCCUUCUAUUCUUAGUAAAGGCUUGUCUUCUUGUGGAAUGAAUAUCAAGAUUUCUCUGUUCUUCGUGAUCAUAAGAUUCACAGUGUGCCUCACAUUCUUUUUCUGUGCGUUUUUUUUUUCACUUCAAAUGUAUGAAAUCCGUGAGUCGAGAUCAUGACCAUGGACCACCUGCAACAUUAUUGAAUGCCAGGAGAAGACCGGAGGCAAGAUCAUAUACCGAAUGGGCGGUGUUGUUUAUCUUUUCCGUGGUAGAAACUAUGAUCCUCGCACUCGUCCACGCCUCCCAACAAUGCUCUGGAAACCGGCUACACCUGUUUAUCCGAAGUUGAUUCAGGAGGUCCCGGAAGGACUGACAAGAGUUGAAGCUGUCGAGUUCAGAAAGAAAGGAGAAAGCCUGCUCCCUAUUUGUAAACUAGGUAAUAAUAAAAGCCAUCUUGCCCGUAUCUUUUCUUUAAGAUAUUUCUUAGAAUAAUCCAUGGAUUUAAUAGAAUAAAUCUGCGUACCUAAAGAAGAUGCAUUCACCCGCAAACGGAGUUCAUGGACAAUCCGACGGGUUUUUUUUUUCCCAAUUACCUGAAGUUACUUACUCGAGAUGUUUGUAAAAUUCGAACUAAUUUUCCUCUCACCGUAUAAAUAAUCCAAGGAUGAAUCCAGAUAUCCAUCAUGCUACUCAAAUUCCUUUUCUUUUCUUUUUUACAACAUCAGGUAUCUUGCCGUUGUGCAUUACUUCGUGAUACAAAUUUUUUUAUUUAAGAAUACUUUCAGUUAUUUUUACGUCAAGUUUUCAAGCACGAACUAAUUUACAAGAAUCUGUGUGGUGUCGUUUCUAUUUUUGAUGAAUUUCUAUCGAUCUGGUGAAUUUUUGUGCACAUCUUCUUCCCUUGGGCUGAAAAUUUGAUUGGAUCGAAAAAAAAAGAGGAAAGAAGUCUAGCCAUGUGCUCCCAUGACACGAAUUAUGUCGUCUCUAGAAGACCAAGAUUCAGAAACUUUGGCAUCCAUUCUCUGCAGAUUUGACGAUUUUAUCUCUCUUCAUCCAUCUAAGCAUAAGUUUUAUUGGAAAAAUCUACAGAUACGUUUACAAGUUCUCAUGCAGGAGAAGCCAAUUGGCGUUAUUUCUAUUUUUUAUGAGUGUUUACAAUUAUCUGAUGAUCAAAUAAUUGUGUCCUCUAUUGGGCAAAAAAAAAAAAAAAAAAAAACAUGCUCGUAUGAGAUUUGAAUGGAUGCCUCCAUGGGAACAGGAUCGAAAGAUUUUUCAUACCCAUUUUCUGCAAACUCAGUGGUCUCAAUUUCCCUUUCUCUCGCAGCCAAAAAUGGUAUAUACAUUAGUCUGGUGAGGAACGUCAGGGACGCUUUUGAAGGAAGCCCGCUGGCCAAGAUCGACUGCAGGGGACUUCAUGCCAGUGAUUACAAGAGAAUAGGGGCCAAGCUUAAAGUAAAUUCUGCAUCCAUGAGAGCCGAUUUUAUGUUUCUAUAAUUUUUUAUAAAUAGUAAUAGAGAGAAAACAGAAAAUUAAUGACCAGAGUCUACUGGAAUGAAUAAUUUUAAUAUUUUUUCUAUCAGGAGCUGGUUCCAUGUGUUCUUCUCUCCUUUGACGAGGAGCAAAUUCUGAUGUGGAGAGGCAAAGGCUGGAAGUCAAAAUACCCAAAACCCCUUUCAACGGACCCAAGCGCAGGUAUGAUCUCGGUUUGCUUCUUUUUUUUUUUGUUCCUGCUCCGACUCAUUUAA